CGCAGCCGUGUGUUCGAGGCGACGCACGCGACGUCGGCAUCCCCAGCUGCACUGUGCGCGGGGCUCCACGAGUGCCGAUAGCGGCGGUGUGCGAGCGGGGCAGUUGUUAUCGUGCCUGUGUGUACACUAUCCUAUCGUCGCGGCCGUGGCCUGCCUCGCCGAAGGGCAGCCGCAGGCGUGCGAACGCUCGUGUUUCGAACCGUCACGGCUGCCAAGAAGAACCGGGUCCCCGAAAUCUCAAGGAGCGACCCUUCGCCUCCCGUGCUCACGACCAUGGCCGAGCCUCCGUCGUCGUCGCGCAUCCCAGUGCUGCAGCGCGCCGAGGGUUCGUGGACCACGGUCGAGCACAAGCUGCGCCAGCUGGACGACAUGGCGGAGCCGGGCGCCUACGUGCGCCUACUGGCUGGCUGCUGUCGGGACAGCGUGCAGGCUGCUCGCGCCAUGCAGGCGCAGCUCGAGGCCGCCAGGGCCGAGGUGAACGCGCUCCGGCUGCAGCUGCGCAAGAGCAUCGACCGGAUCGCGCAGAUUGAGGAGGACCGGCAGAAUCUGCGCGAUGUGGCGCAACGCGCCGAAGCCGAAGCGCUCAAAGCGGCUGACGCAGUGCGUCAGAUGGCACAGGAACAGUCGCGGCUGCGCGCUCAGCUGGAGCGGCUGCCGGUCGAGCAGGCGGAAUCGCUGCGGCAGAGGAACGAGGAACUUGAAAGCCAUGUGCGGGAAUCACUCGAUUCACUCGCCAAACAGCAGGAGGCCAUGUUGGAGACUCGUCUGGAGGCGGCGCUAGGUGACCGGCUGGCAGACUUGCAAAAGGCGCAGGAGGCUGCAGACGGCCGCCAGAGGCUCCUGGAUGAGGCGGAGCCAUGGUCGCCGAUGCAGCACUUCCAGGAGCUGCCCCUGCUGAGGAGCUCCAGGGACGCACCCUUCCGCUGGGUGCUGUCAGGGUACCAAAGGUUGAAGGACGAGAGCCAGCGCCACGGCCAGCCGCGGCUGUACAGUCGCCCUUUCGGCAUCGAGCGUGAGGGCAGCGUGCGGUGCGUACUGCGGCUCGUCGCGUGCCUGGGCGUGCCCGCGGGCCAGGAGGCCGGCGACGCGGUGCAGUUGGGCCUCCAGCUCCUCCACUCGGCCAAGUGCUCCAAGAAGUUCGACUUCUUCCUACGCCUGCUCGACCGGUCGGGCAGCGAGCGCCACCUCGUGAAGACCUUCUCCUCGUCGGAGCUGGCCGUGCCCCGCUACUGGUUCUCGCGGCCGGCCCUGGGCGUGGUCAGCUUCGCCGUGCUCAUCUCGGAGCAGCGCAUGCUUCGCGAGGGAUUCCUCUCCAGGGACGCGCUAGCCGUCGAGGUCGGCCUGCAGUGACUUCGUGGACUCUGCACAGAGACCUCGGGGCCCGCUGUGCCCUCAAGUACCUGAACAAAGGAAACGCUGCUUGAUGGACAACAUGUGGUGUGGUCGGUUGUAGGUGCAGUAAAUAUGGUGCCGGCUUCCUUGUGCCAAA